GAAGCAACCCCACCUGGUCCGGAUCGGGCGCGGCCUUUCCCCUGGGUUCUAUAAAGCCCGGAGUUGUCUACUUCCACCGAACAUUCUCUCGUCGCCUCCGUCACCCAUUUGUUCAUCAUGUGGCUACUUAUCCUCGCAGGUCUUCUGGCCACAGCAGCCUGUAAAGAAGCAUCAGUAUCCCCGUCCUCCGCCAAACAAUCAAAGGAUGACGUAGUCCUCCUUGAAAUCGACGUGAAAGACCCAUCAAAACGUUCACCCGUCUCUGCCACCGGUGUCUACGGAGCUUCUCCGAGUCAGUACAUAAUUCGUCACGGCGAUGAUGCUCGAGAGCUGUCCCCCGAGUACCUCGCCCUCGUCGAGCAAUACACAUCCGCUCAACAGCAACCGUACACCCAACCAGCUCGAUCAGGACCUCCACCCCGCCGGCUACCAGCCUACGCGAGACAGCAGCAAAGUCUCCAGCAGGCUUACCAAAAUCAGCGAGUGCCAGCUGUUUCCCCUCCACGUCCCCGUUUGACCCUUCACCCACAAGCUGAAGCACAGGCUGACGCUCAGGCAGAGUACCAAGCACAAUUGGAAGCUCAUAAUCGAGCAGAAGCACAAUCACUUCUCCGUGCAAGUGGAACAUCACACGCGGAGUAUCAGGUGCCCGCUGGAUACAAUGAGCCCAAGCUCGGCACCUUCGAGCAAGAGCUCCUUCAAUUAGUCUCUGCAAAUCAAGCCCAGGAAUUCAAACUCCAACAGGCGCAGCCCAAGAGACUGCCCAAACCACAGGGAUAUCCACAGUACUCUCAACAGCUUCUGGCUUAUUCACCGGAGUAUGAGCAGGUAAAGCCAACAGCUGAGCCAGCCCAAGAGGCGCCAAAUCAUCAGCAGUAUCACAUCGAAACCACCCAGCCCAGAUAUCAAGGACCCCAACACGUCCCCGUGGGUUACCGACCACUGGAGGAGCCGCAGUAUCAGCAGUACGUUCAACCGAGAAAACCUUACAGACCCGCUCCUCAAUAUGCCGACCCCGCCAUUCAUCAGGCUGAAGCUGCUGCACAAGCUCAAGCUCAGGCGCGAGCGGAAGCCGAAGCAUUGGCUUUCCAAAAGAUCAGUCAAGCAUCUCAUCAGAGACACCAGCAAGCGGCCUUUGAGCAGAUCCGAAUCGUCGAGGAUCGCUUCAAGCAGCAGAGCGCACUGGAGCAAAUCAAUCAGGGGCAGGUGAGCGAAGCAGGAAGGGAGCACAUCGAGGAGCAACUGCAUCCUAAAGAUCCCGAGGCCGCGUACAGAGCGAAAUUGAAGGCGCAGGCUGCCGCGGAAGCGGCCGAAGCUAGACGAGUCCAAGAAGCCGCUGAAUACAAGGCGCAUGGUGACGCAAUAAAAGCUCUUCAAAGGCAGCAGGCAGCACAUCUUAAAGCGCAAGAAGAUGCUCAUAUCUACGCAUUGAACUUCGAGAAGAAUCAGGCGAAAGCACAGGAACAAGCACAAGCACUGGCUAAUGCUCAGGCACUGGCUCUCUGGAAGGCUCAUCAAGCUGCUCGCUCUAAGGCUCAAAAGGAAGCGCAGCUUGCUGCUCGCGCUCAAGACGAGGCUCGAAAGCGUGACCCUGAACACACCCCAGUCAUCCAGUAUUUAUUACCUUCUCCGAACAGCACUCCUCUGCCUCCAAAUAGCUAUCUGACAAACGAUCAGGUCCACAAAUACCAGGCGUCAGGCUCUUCCUACGUUCCUCGUGCAGCUGUCAAACCGGACGAUGUUAAUCAGCCACGUCAGGCUCAUAAGCACAAGAUUCCCAACAACUCACAGAUCUACGUAUCUCAAUCAGGCCUUCGCAAGAAAGCUCCCGUCAAGUCUCUCACCAUCGAGGAGAUUAUCGAACAAGAUCAAGAGAGAAACUCUCAGAUCAUCAGGAUUCCUGCUGCGAAAGGUCAGCCUCUCACGCAGAGCGAUCUGGAUGCUUUGAUCCACGCUGGAUAUACCGUCACCCCUGUUCCUGAAGUCACUAGACCAACUCAACAGCCCAACUAUGCCCUAGAGAACACCACUGGUUACUACGUGAAGAAGCAAACAGCCAGACCUGAUGCCUAUUACGAUGAUGCCCUACGUCACCAGCGAAGACCCGUCAGAGGACAGAGACCCAUCCUGAAGCAGGGGAGCGAGAGUGAGGGCAGUGAUAAGGUCACCUAUCUUGUACCCCUUGAUGCUACCUACGGAAAUCGAAGACCACAAGAGUAAUCCAAUCAAUGUUGAUGUUUGAUCAUUAUGGUCGCUCGUGGAUGACAAUCAGCACUGAUACAAAUGGAAUCGACUUCUGUCGGGUGAAUUCAUCUGGAAUGAGACGAUGGAGGUAGGAAAAUUGUGAUGAAAUCAUCCGACAGGGGGAUCACCAUGUCAGUGAGACUCAUCCACUCGAGUUUAACGUCAAUCGUAAUUUUAUUUAUGCCUAGCUCCAAGUUGAUUUUUUUUGCGUUAUCCUGUACUCGUUACAUCACAAUCUGAUUAUCUGGAUACUAUUAUCAUUCCACCUUCGUUUUUCCAUUUUUUUACUACUAUUCUUGACUCAUGGUGUAAUAUUAUGCAAUUGAUUUUGAUGAGCAUCGGUGGUGUUUAUUGUUCGAUCUUUUUUAAUACGAGCACAUUUUGUUUUAGUUUUUCCUGAAUCGUGUAAGCGAGGCUAUUAAAUUGAAAGUUUUCGCCCGAUGAUUUAUAAUGAUUUAUAAAAAUUGAAAGCCAUAAAUGCCGGCUCUAUGGCCAUGCGCUCAAUGGCGUGUAUUCUUUUUUAAUUAAUUUAUACACAUGUUGUAAAUAUUAGAGUUUUAACUAAUAAAACUGUUGGAAAUGUCAGGAGCA